GACAAACACACUCAAGAAUUCAUAACUUACUUUUUUUUGUUAUGUACAAGAUGGGGCUUCAGUCCCUUUGUGGCAGAGUCUUUCUAGGACUAUUCCUGUCUUUACUACUCUGUAGUUUCUGCAUUGCUGAUGACAAGACAAUAAAGGUGGUUGGUUUUGGAGAAUGCGCUGAUUGCAAAGAGAGUAACAUAAACACCAUUCAUGCACUCUCAGGGCUUCAUGUAAGCAUUGACUGCAAGCUUGAAAAUGGAGAGAUCAAAACAAGGGGUGAAGGACAGCUUGACAGAGAUGGCAAGUUUGAAGUAUCACUUCCUAAGGAGAUGAUGAAAGAUGGCAAGCUAAAAGAAGAAUGCUAUGCCCAAUUACACAGUGCAUCAGCUGCACCGUGUCCAGCGCACAAUGGCAUUGAAUCCUCCAAGAUCGUAACCAUCAAAACAGAUGGAGAACACACAUUGAAACCAGCUGGAAAUCUUAAGUUCUCAACACCCUUGUGCACUUCAGCUUUCUUGUGGCCUUACUUCAAGUACCCACCAUUGCCAACGUUGCCACCUUUCCCAAAAGAUCAUCCUUGGAAGAAGAAAUUCCCUAAUUUGCCACCAUUGCCCCCAUUGCCACCAUUGAAACACUGGGGCCACCCUUUUCCUCUUCCCCCUCUUCCUCCCAUUUUUAAAAAGCCAUGUCCCCCUCCAGCCGUUCCAGUUUACAACCCAACACCAAAGCCCACACCAGAGCCACCAGUAGUAACGCCACUUCCUCCUCCAGUUCCUACUUACAACCCUACACCAAAGCCCACACCAGAACCACCAGUAGUAAAGCCACUUCCCCCUCCAGUUCCCGUUUACACACCAAAACCAAUGCCUCCUCCUGUUCCUGUUUACAAACCAAAACCAAUGCCACCUCCGGUUCCCGUUUACACACCAAAACCAAUGCCUCCUCCUGUUCCCGUUUACAAACCAAAACCAAUGCCACCUCCGGUUCCCGUUUACAACCCCAAACCGGAGCCACCAGUAGAGAAGCCUAAGCCUCCACCAGUUCCUAACUACAAACCAAAACCAAAGCCUCCUCCAGUUCCCGUCUACAAGCCCAAACCAGAGCCUCCAGUUAAGAAGCCAUGCCCCCCUAAAAUGCCAAAACCAAAGCCUCCUCCAGUUAAAAAGCCAUGCCCCCCUAAAGCGCCCACUUACAAACCCAAGCCCAAACCAGAGCCACCAGUAGUAAAACCACUUCCUCCUCCAGUUCCAGUUUACAAGCCACCAGUAGUGAAGCCACUUCCUCCACCAGUUCCAGUUUACAAGCCACCAGUAGUGAAGCCACUUCCACCACCAGUUCCAGUUUACGAGCCACCAGUAGUAAAACCUCUACCACCACCUGUUCCAAUUUACAAGCCACCAUUCUACAAAAAGCCAUGCCCACCACUUCCACCUUUCCCUAAAGCUCCUCCAUUCCACCAUCCAUUCUUCCCACCACUUCCUCCUAAAGUUCCUCACCCAUAGACCAAAACAUUAAAUUGAAGAGUUCCUUUGGGUGCAUGUAGGGCUGUAUCUUUUUUCGUGCAGCCUUUGAAAAUUAUUUGCAAUUUAUGAAAUAAGAUUAAAAGAAGAAACAUUCAAGAGAUAUAAUGCUUGAGAAUGUGAAAGGAAAGCAUCAGAGAAAUAGGGAAGUUCAUGGGGUGGUUUGUUUAGUUGAGUUUUCAUGCAAAUUAAUGUUUGUAUAUCUUCAAGUGAAUCAUGGUCCGGUGAAUAAUCGUGGUAUGCUAGUAGUGUAUACGUUCAAGAACGGAUCUUUUUACUUUCUUGUUAUGUUAUUGGUUUUUACUCAUUCAUGGAAAUCUGUACUAGUGAUCUCUUUUUUAAUAUACUGUUGGCUUUUGUUAUUCA